AUGCAGGUCUGGACAUUGGCUUCCCUCGUGGCUCUCGCUGCUUCAGCAAUUGCGUCUGAUUGCCACUGUUUGCCGACCGAUAGCUGCUGGCCUGCUCCCUCGGCUUGGGCUUCGUUGAACUCUACCGUUGGUGGUCGUCUGGUUGCGACCGUGCCCAUUGGUAGCCCCUGUCACGCACCCAAUUAUGAUGCCGCCGCAUGUGCCGUCGUCAAGGCCAACUGGACUAAGCCAGAACCUCACCUCGACUCCUCGUCGUCGGUAAUGCAAACCUUCUUUGCUAAUCAGUCUUGCGACCCUUUCACCGCCAAGUCUCAAACUUGCAAGCUUGGUAACUACGUCAACUACGCUGUGAACGUUUCUUCUAGCGAUCAGGUCAUUGCUGCUGUGAACUUCGCUCGCCACCACAACAUUCGUUUUGUCAUCCGCAACACCGGCCACGAUUACCUUGGACGUUCUACUGGUGCUGGCGCCCUUUCUGUUUGGACUCACCACUUGAAUGAUAUUGAGUACCAGAACUGGUCUGGACUUUACUACCAGGGUCCUGCAUUCAAGGUCGCUGCCGGUGUGGUCGGCUACCAGAUUCUCGAGGCUGCCUCUGCCAAAGAUCUCGUUGUCGUCACUGGUGAGUGCCCCACAGUCGGUCUCGCAGGUGGUUACACCCAGGGUGGUGGUCACUCCGCUCUGAGCACCAAGUUUGGUCUUGGUGCCGAUAACACUCUGGAGUUCGAGGUUGUUACCGCUGCUGGAAAGCUGGUUAAGGCCUCUCGCACUGAGAAUGCCGAUCUCUUCUGGGCUCUGAGCGGUGGUGGCGCUGGUAAUUACGGUGUUGUCGUCUCCAUGACCGUGAAAGCUCACCAGGAUGCUCCCAUCGCUGGUGCCGCCCUCGAGUUCACUGCGGCCAACAUCACCACCGAUACCUUCUACGAGGCUGUCUCCCAGUUCCACUCUCUGCUGCCUGCCAUGGUCGACCAGGGUGUUACUGUCAUCUACCAGAUGACCUCCAAGGUCUUCAUCAUUGCCCCGAUCACUGCCUACAACCAAACUACCGAUGAUGUCAUAUCUAUUCUUAAGCCUUUCACCUCGGCCCUCACCAAGAUGGGCAUCCAGUACCAGGCCACCUACACCCAGUACGAUUCGUACUAUGACCACUACAACAAGUACAUGGGUCCUCUGCCCUGGGGCAACCUGGCUGUGGCCUCCUACCAGUAUGGUGGCCGUCUGAUCCAGCGCGAGAACUUGGAGCAGAACUACAACGGCAUUGCUGCUGCUCUCCGUAACAUCACUCAGUCCGGUGUGAUUGCUGUCGGUGUUGGCAUGAAUGUCUCUGCCCCUGCUAAUGUCUCCAACGCCAUCUUCCCCGCUCUGCGCAACGCCGCCGUGACCAUGCAGAUAGGCACACCCUGGAACGAGACUGCGCCAUGGUCCAAGAUGGUCGAUGACCAGUUCAAGAUUACCAACCAAUACGUCCCCCAGCUCGAAGCCGCCACUCCCGGCAGCGGCUGCUACCAGAACGAAGGCGACUUCCGCCAACCCAACUGGAAGGAGACCUUCUUCGGCAGCAACUACAAACCUCUGUUGACUGUAAAGCAAAAGUGGGAUCCCACCUCGUUCUUCUACGCGCUGAAGGCUGUUGGCAGUGAUGCCUGGACUGUCUCGGAGUCUGGUCGCAUGUGCCGCUCUGAAUGCCAGACCCAGUGA